GGAGACGAGGCAUUGAUGGAUCGUCCCGUCCGACUUGACUCGUCGACACCAAAAGCGCUUCGUCCCCACUCGCCACGCCCUCUCUCCCUGCUCCGCUGCGCCCUCUGCUCCCCGCACCACCAUUACUGCCACCACUCUCCUCGAUCCUCCCACCCGCGCCGCAUCCGUCCGCUAGCCGCCACUCGCCCAGCCGCCGCGCGCUCCUCCUCCUCCUCCCCCGGGGCCCGCCCACGCGGCGCCAUGGACGGCGGCGCGUGGCCCGCGCGGUGGCCGCCACCGUCUCCUCCUCCUCACCCGCCGCCGCCCCCGCCGCAGCAACCCUCCGCCGCCCUCUCGCCGCCGCCGCUGCCGAGACAGAUGGACGGCGCAAACCCGCGGUACCACCCGCGUCCUCUCGCCGCCGCCGCGGACAGAUCGCCGCCAAACCCCGCGCCGCGGCCGGAGCGACCGCCGCCAAACUCCGCGGCAACGCCAAGCCGCACGACGCCAACGCCAACGCCGGACCGAUUCCUGCUGAACCCAAACCCGUGGAGCUCACUCUCCGCCGGGCAGACCGCGAACGCGAAGCCCAAACCCGGUCCGACCACCGCCCCGCCGCUGCCCCACCCGCCCGGGGGGACCCACUACAGCCACCCCCAUCCCAGCAGCCAUGUGGCGGACCUCAAGGCCCUGCUCCACGGCACCAGCGCGAGCAAUGCCGCCGGCGCCGCCACCGACCUCGCUCGCCCUCAUUCCACUGCGGCGCCGCCGCCCGGGUACCCGCGGCACGGGCUGUCGGCUGGCAGCAGCGUCGGGCAGCAGUCGCCCUUGGGGGCGCUGUUCAUGAGCAGCAAGAGCUCGAAUGCGCAGGGCGCCUCGCCAGGAGAAGGCUCGGGUUCAGGGGUUGAUGGAGUGUCCCAAGGCGCCGUGCAGUUCCAGGAUCCAGGUGCGCGCGCGAUGCAGAAGUUGGCACCCAAACCGCCCCCUCGGCCCCGCCAGCCUGCGCUUCCCGGGGAUCGUAUCCGGGUCUCCUGCCUGAAUGUAGGUGGGGAGUUCUUCAUGGGUGAAGCUGGGCUUUUUGGAAUACUUUGCUCCUGUCAUCAGUUGAGGAUGUCUGUAGCUAAGUUCUGUGAGCAUGCAGGGGGGCCUGCUGAAAAGGCUGGUGAAAUUGUCCUCAUGGAAAAUGGGAUGAGUAUUGCACAUUGGUUCAAAUACUGUGUAGGGUGUCAUGUGAUUCUGUGUCCUAAGGGAUGCAGAGGAAUCAAAUCAAACAUGCGUUGGAAUAAUGAUUGUGGUGUUGGAGCAUAUGUUACUGACACUAAGUGGGACUGGCCAGAAUGGAUGUGUAUAGAUUAUUCUCCAGUGGGAUACAAGCUGAAAACUCUCCGUACGGGAAACAGUAGUAUGGAAAAAGUUGGGUUAUUCAGUGGAUAUGGAAAAAGCACUGGACCUAUGAACAGAACAAGUUACUCCAAUGAUCUGCACAAUAAGGGUAGAGAGUGCACUACUGUUGAGAAGAUGGUGAAUAAACGAGAUGAAACAUAUUGCAGGAGUGCUGAUGUGUCCACAUCUUUUACAAAGAAUUAUGCUUUACCUCAGAGUUCCGGAAUAAAUCUAGGGCUUGCUAAAAAACACACGGUUGAUGCAGUGAACCUAAACCAUUUUAGCAGGCCAACUUCAAGCCCAUAUUUUACAGCAAGCACGGGCGGACACUAUGAUGGAAAUCAUUUUGCACAUAAUUAUGCAAAUCUUUUGGAGAAAAACUUUGAUGUCUCUUUUCGCAAUCCAGCUCCAAGACCUGCAGGGGUUUUGAGCUACAAUAGUAGGGUACAAAGGCCUACUUUCCCCGACAAAAUACUCCAAGAUAGUUUGGGCAGUGCUUCAAACACUGAAUUGAAGCUUGGGCAAUCAUUUUAUCAUCAAUCUCUGACUUCCCUAUUUCCGUCCGUGCAGUCAACAGCAAUUGAUUUUCAGAAACCUCAGUCACAUCUGCCACUGAUAAGUCAAAAUCCCUGUCCAAGGCAAACAAUCAAGGUCAACAGAAGUAUAGGGGAGCAUACUAAACUACCUCUUGGUACAGGAAUUAACAAACAAUCAAUCGAAGUUGCUACUGGCAUCAGUUGUUCUGAAGGUGGCAAGCUUACAGAUGAUGCAGCCAAGAAUUCAUUUAUCUCGGUGUUUCUUUCACAUCUUGAGAGAAAUAGUGAAGCCAUUGAUGAUAUUCUCAACAACAGUGAGCAUAACCUUCCUAAGCCUUUGGAUGGUGCAUAUAGUUCUAAUCAUUCAAAAAUUGCAAGUAGACAAGUUGAGCCGAGGGUUAAUGGUAAUAAUUCCAAGUUGGCCUCUACCAGUAUUCAUACUAAAAGGAGUUCAGUUGGCGGAUCUCUUUCAAUGGCACCCAGUGGAUAUGUUUCAAACGUUUCACCUCUUGCAAAUAGUCAGGGACCUUUAGUACAUAGUGACUGCAGGUCAUAUGUGCUUCCUAGGCAACCUAAUGCUGGGAUCUCCAAAAUUUGUGCAGGGGUUUUGUGUCCUACAAAUUGCGGGAGUUGCAAUCGUGUGGGCAUAUCCCAUCAGAAUGCACAUGUGGAGACUGGGGCUCCCUGUCUCCCUGAUAAAUUGCCCAGGGGACACGGUACUUUUGAGUGUGUAGAUCACUUAUGCACACACAAAAGUUUGAGAGUUUCUGAAAUCAUCUGCCAGUGUGCAACUUCUUGUUCUUCAUCUAGGAAUUUUCUACCUAGUUUUGGAAUUGAUCAAACAGGAAAAUCAAUACAUCGAUGCUGUUACAAAGGCCAAGAAGAUGUUUCUAAACUUGGUUUUAGAGCCGGUGACUUUGGCCACCCUCAUUUUUCUAAUGAUGGUGCUCCAAUCCACAAACCUGCCAUUGCAGGGCUAGAUAAACUUUGUACAUGCUCCACUUUCAUGCCAAGGUCAUCGUUAUGUUCUAGAGAACAUAUGUUGCAGUCCUCUUGCCUUGAAUGCCCCCUUGAUGGGCUUCAUUACAGAAGUUCUAUGGGACAUACAACGAACAGUUUGACCAAAUACCCUCUGCUUGAUGCACUUAAUAAGAAAGAAGCAGAAGUCUGUUGCUGCUCUGUAGUCCCAAAAUGCUUGGCAGGUUGUGGCUUUGCAAAGCACUGCAAUGGCGGAAUUGACCAAAAUGGUAGUAAUGUACAAAAUUCCAAGCAUGAUGCACAACUGCCUUCAAGAUGCUGCACAUUAGGAGAGAGUGAAAAGUUAAGAUGCCAAUACUCAAGCAAUGAUCAAACAUCUUCCUUGAAAGAUGUAUCUAAUAAAACAACAAUCCAGCCUUGCAUUCCUAUAUCGGAGAGACUGAAGAAUGUAUCAGAAGAAUCAGUGACCAAGGUCAUCUGGCCUUAUAUAGCUGGAAAUGAGAAAAAGGGCUCCUGUAGAGGUCCUAGAGUAUGUAAAGAACAACUAAAGCCUGGUUUCUCCUCUGGGUCCUCCAGCGCUGUGGUUACGAAGUUUUCAGUAUCACCUGAAUGGAACAAUAUUUCCUCAUGUGUGGAUAAAUAUGGCGUUGAACGUGAAAAACUUGUGUUUGAUGAAGGAUCGAGAACUGAAAAGAGUUCGUCUUCAAGCUAUGUGCCUACCAUUACAGGCUGUGAAAAGUCCCUAAACAGUUCCUCUAGGUUUCACUUGGACACUUCUAAAGUAAAGAGAAAAUGUAAUGAGAUUUCUGACGGAGGUGCACUCAAAGGAAAUGAGAAGAAACAACUUUCUGAAGCAACAAAGAAAUCAAGAAGAUUGGAGUGUGCUGCAGAACAUUCAGAAUCAGAUGAUUCUACUAGGAAAAUUACUUUGCAGUCAUCCCAAAAUGGAGACCCUCAACCACAGAAUGCGGCUAGUUCAGAUUCUUGCAGGGUGUCAAAAAUCAAACGAAAAUAUACUACCAUGCAACGAAAUAAGCCUGUGAAACGGCCUCACAUCCCCGCAGAACAUUCAGAAUCAGAUGAUUCUACUAGGAAAAUUAGUUUGCGGUCAUCCCAAAAUGCAGACUCUCAACCACAGAAUGAGGCUAGUUCAGAUUCUUGCAGGGUGUCAAAAAUCAAACGGAAAAAUACUACCAUCCAACGAAAUAAGCCCAUGAAACGGCCUCACAGCCAUGCAGAACAUUCAGAAUCAGAUGAUUCUAGUAGGAAAGUUACUUUGCAGUCAUCCCGCAAUAGAGACCCUCGGCCACAGAGUGAGGCUAGUUCAUAUUCUUGCAGGGUGUCUAAAAUCCAACGGAAGCAUACUACCAUGCAACGAAAUAAACCUGUGAAACGGCCUCACAGCCAUCACAAAAUUUUGAAAGGUGAUAAGAAGUUAGACAACGAGGGCAUUAUGGUUGGAGAAUUAAGUUCCUCUGAUGAAAAAAGGCAAGUAAAUGGUUUGGACACCCUGGUUAGAACAAAACAGCAGCAGGAAGGGAGCCGAGUGUUUGUUCGCAAACUGCCUAAAUAUGUGUCUCUGAACUGUAUGGUAAAUAAACCUAACAGUGAAGAUGCUUGUAGUGGGGGUCCCCAUGUUGAUGCUAGCUUAAUUGCUACGGGGAUAACAAAUGAUAAUCGGAAGUUUCCUAAAAUUGUUCCACUUAAUCUGAUUCUUAAAAAAGCUAAGAGAUGCCAUGCUGUCAAACCCUCCUGCAAGACAGAAAAUAUCCACUCGUGUGAGGAAAAGGGUGCAGUUUGUUCUGUAGGAAAAUAUUCUUUUGGUAAUCGAAACUACAGUCCACAUACUGAAGAUGGAAUGCAGAGUUCUAGAAAGGAUAUGCAUUUGUCUAAUGCCUUGAGGCCACACGUUGAGCCUGACUGCAAACGACCCUCCAUUGAUCUUGGAGAAGGUGAGCCUGUAGGCCUAACACAUGUAGAGACAAAUCAGCUUUCAGGAUUUAAGAACCGAAGAUCAAGUGUACCUCUUAACAUGAUUAAGAGGUGUGAAGAAUCUGCAAAUGGAUCAGCAUGCAGUCCUUGUGGACUUCUAGCCUUAGAAGUGUAUGUUGGAAGGCACAAAGAAAGGCUUAGCUCAGAUGAUUCAUGUUGUGUUUGUCGAAUUCCAUACCUGGAGCCUUGCAAUCAAUUGAUGGAGUGCAGCAACUGCAAUAUCAAAGUGCACCAAGCUUGCUAUGGUGUUCUAAAAGUUCCAAGAGGUCAAUGGUUCUGUAGACCCUGCAAGGCCAUGGCCAAGGCCAAUACCCAGGACAUUGUUUGUGUUAUAUGUGGUUAUGGAGGUGGAGCUAUGACACGGGCAUUGAAUGCCCAAAAAAUUCUGAGAAGUUCGCUGAAAGGUCUAAGAGUUACAACAUGGUCAGAUAAAAAUGUGAAACAUAAUUCAUUUUAUGCUUCAAAAUCAAGAAGCUUGGGAAGUAUACCUGGUGUGGAUAAGCAGAAGUUGAUAGGUAGUGCACAUGAGGAUAACACUGUCAGAUGCUCAUGGACCGCAAACCACAACUCAAGUUUACUUGGUCCAAAGACGAUGCAGUGGAUUCAUGUGGUUUGUGGGUUGUGGACACCUGGUGCAAAAUGCCCAAAUUCUACCACAAUGAAUGCUUUUGAUAUAUCAGGUGCUUUACCUGGCAAGAUAAAUAAUGCAUGCUCAAUUUGUAACAGAACUGGGGGCUCAUUUAUGAUGUGCCGUGAUAUAAAUUGUUCAGCGAUCUUUCAUCCUUGGUGCGCACAUCAAAGGGGUCUGUUGCAAAGUGAUCCAGAAGGUGAGCAUAAUGAACAACUUGGUUUUUACGGGCGAUGCGUGAAUCACGCUACAAUUGAUCAUUCUCAUCGCGUUAAUCCUGAGAAUAAAUGCUUGAGAAGCAAUGGAUGGACAUGUGCACGUACAGAGGGUUUUAAAGGCAGAAAGGGCGAAGGCUGUUAUGGUUCUAAUUACAAGGAACCUCGAGUGAAGAGUAAUGAGUGCAGCGUUCCCCAAGAGCAGAUAGAUGCUUGGCUACGCAUAAAUGGAUCAAAGCCUUGCAUAAGAAGACAGUUAAAAGGAUGGAAGCAUUUGGUAGUUUAUAAAUCUGGCAUACAUGGACUUGGUCUCUACACAGGAGAGUAUAUACCACGCGGUUCCUUGGUCAUAGAGUACGUGGGUGAAAUUGUUGGGCAGCGUGUCGCUGACAAGAGGGAGCUCGAGUACCACUCGGGGAAACGGCAGCAGUAUAAGAGCGUGUGUUACUUCUUCAAGAUUGACAAGGAACAUAUUAUCGAUGCCACCCGCAAGGGUGGGAUUGCAAGAUUCAUCAACCACUCAUGCCUGCCAAACUGUGUCGCAAAGAUAAUUUCUGUCAGGAACGAGAAGAAGGUAGUGUUCUUCUCGGAGCGCCAUAUUAAUCCAGGCGAGGAAAUAACGUACGAUUACCACUUCAACCAGGAAGACGAGGGCGAGAGGAUCCCCUGCUUUUGCAGAUCAAGAAGCUGCAGGCGGUACCUCAACUAGUUGGCUGUUCUACCAUCUAUUUCUAGCUGUAUAUAAGAAGAGCCUCUACUUGCAUUUUGGGGAACUUUUAUUCCACGGUGUUCUUAGUUUUGGCCAUGACCCAAAACUUUCUAAUGACCCUGUAUUCUUGUGUGCCCACCGCCGCCGCCGCUGCUAUUGUCUUGAGUAUAAACUGUACAAGACAUUCCUUCAUAGAUUGGGAAGUUUAUCUGACA